AUGCUAAGAACGUUAAACAGUAACAUAAUAGACUGGAUGCUACCGACUGGUGAUAUUAAGGCGGCUUUCAAUGAUAUACCGACUGGACAUACACCAACUUAUGCAACCGAUGAUAGUUAUAGAGAUUUUUCAAAAUGGGAAAACUUAAAUACUCCAACACCACUUGACAAAGAAUCUGACAACUACUUCAUAUAUCCCCCGAACCCAGUAAUAAAAGUUGAGUCAAGUGAAGAUGAACAGAUUAUUCAAAACAGAAAUAAUUCACAAUUACUUGAAGUACAAUAUUUAAAACCGUUGACUACCAAUAGAAAUGACCAAACAGUUACUCAACCUCAAAUUCAGUCUCCUUUGGUUUAUUUGAAUUUAGAAUCACAUCCAAAUCCACCUAAUACUGAAGAAAUAAAAUUAGAAAUGUCGAAUGAAACAGUAUCAUUGGAAUCCCACACGACUACAAUUAAAAAUUAUAACUCAGAUACCAUAUUUAAUCACUGGUCAACCGAUUCUUUAUUACACUCAACAAAAUUUAACACUGAUACUGUUUCCUCUAAUUAUAGAGGCCUAUAUGAUAAUACAUAUAACAUAUCGGAAAAUCAUACACCAUGGUCUACAUAUCAAAAUAAUGAUAUUGUUCUCAUUCCAAAUAUCGAUGGUAAUAGUAAUAAUAAUGGAAUUAUCAGUGAUCGGCAAAGCUAUGUAACUCCAGAAAGUGUUCCCACAUGUUCUAUAUCAAGUAAAUUUGAUUUUAAUCAAUGUAAAAGUGAAUAUUGUUACAAAACCAUACAGACCGAAUCAAAAUCUAUUCAUAAUAAAUGUCAAAAAUUAUCUGACCAACAAAAACCAUUUAUAUGUGGUAUAUCAAGUUGUAAUAAGCGUUUUGUUCGAAUUGACGAACUUAAACGUCAUCAACGUACACAUAGUGGAAUUAAACAGUUUGUAUGUGAUAUUUGUGAAAAAGGAUUUACACGAAGUGAUCAUUUGAUGACACAUCGUCGUACACAUACAGGUGAACGACCAUAUGAAUGUAAAAUAUGUGACAGACGAUUUGCACGUUCCGAUGAACGUAAUCGUCAUACUAAAACACAUAUGCGUGAUAAACCAAGAAGAGGACGUAAACCUAGAAAUGCAUCUGUUCCUUCUUCAACAACAUUAUCAUCAUCAAAAGAAGUAGUAGUAUCAACUAACUUUCCUAAUUACAAUGUACAUCCAUAUUAUUCUAUGCCACUGGACCAUAUAUCAUUUAUGCAAAGAAAUACCACUAAUAACAAUAAUACUGUGUAG